AUGCCUAUAAAGAAACGCAAACAUUCCACACCCCCCGAGCCCGAACUGCGCCGAUCACGGUUGUCGAACAAAUCGCUACGCGAUGCGCCAAGAACUCGUCGGAAUCGUAACAGGCCAGAAGACUCAGAAGACUCAUACCUAGACGACUCCGAAGAAGACGACGACGGGGAUAAUAAAUCAGAGCACCUUGAGGACACGGCAGAGCCGGAUGAAGCUCAAACCGACGAGUUCUGUAAUGAUGCGGACGAAGACGCACCCCCAGUAGUGACAAUUAUCCCUCUGGAGAAGAUGCGUGACGACGGCGGCAUUGCAUACGUCGACUUUAAGAUCAACCCGAACAGCCUUCUAUUUUUGAAGGACCUCAAAGUCAAUAACAAUCGAGGUUGGCUGAAAGCUCAUGAUGGGGAGUUUCGACGCGCAUACAAGGACUGGGAAACAUUUGUCGAGCGAACUACUUCUUCGAUUAUGUCCAUCGACGACACCAUCCCGGAGUUACCGGCUAAGGACGUCAUGUUUCGUAUCUACAGAGACUUGCGCUUCAGUCCCGAUGGGAAACCAUAUAAGGCGCACUUCUCGGCGGCUUGGUCUCGAACGGGGCGCAAGGGGACAUAUGCCCACUACUACAUCCAUUGCGAACCAGGCAUGUCCUUCGUCGCUGGCGGGAUAUUCGCACCUAAUGCAGAACAACUCCGAAGACUUCGAGCGAGCAUAGACGAGCGGCCGAGGCGAUGGCGCAGAGUUCUGGACGAUGACAGCCUGAAGCUGACCUUCUUGCCGCAAGCCAGAAAGGAAGCCACGGAAGAAGCAGCUUUGAAGGCCUUUGCUCUCGAAAACAAGGAAACGGCCCUCAAGUCGAGACCCAAGGGAUUCAUUAUAGACCAUCGAGACAUCGAGCUUCUAAAGCUCAGAAAGUUCACUCUUUCUAGAAAGAUUCCGGACAAUAUUCUAUGCGCAGAAGACACCCAGGAAAGGAUCGUCGAGAUUUUGCAGCCUUUGGUCGCAUUCAUUAGCUUUCUCAAUAGCGUGGUGAUGCCAGACCACAAUGCCAGUAGUAGCUCGGAGGAUGAUGGCUAA